AUGUCGAUUCAUUUAGAAACCGACUUGCCGCCGAUCUGGGCUCCUCUCAAAAAUCUUGAGACUCUGUUGCGAUGUCCCAUUUGCUUCGAAUUCUUUGAUAUCACAAUGAUGACAAAAUGUUCUCACAACUUUUGUUCACUGUGCAUCAGGAAAUAUCUUUCUUAUAAAUUGCUAUGUCCAGUUUGCAACAUGGAAACAAUGGAACUGGAUUUGAGGAACAACCGGGUAUUAGAUGAUUUGGUCUCAAGCUUUCAAGUGGCAAGACAGCAGUUGUCAAAAGCCAAAUUUGAGUCUCCUCCAGUGACGCCCAGUACUCAAACUGUGAAUGUCAGAUGCAAAAGAGACAUGACUCCAAAGAGCAGCAGCACCGUGCUGAGCCAGUAUUUUCCUAAGAAGCCCAAAGCAACAACCAUUAAAGAAUAUCAAGAAGAUGUUCCUGUUACUCAAAUGAUCAAGGAAGAGCCAAUGAAAGUGGAGCUGCCAUAUGUCCAAGCUCCAGUACCAGUUAAGCAAGAAGAGCUGCACUUACCAGCUGUUUACUCAAGGGAUGAAUCCGCUCAUUCUUCCUCUGUGUGUAAAGAUGUGAAGCCUAUGAUCAAAGUGGACUGCCCUGUGUGCUCCAUAAGUGUGGCACAGAAUUUCAUAAACAAACAUCUGGACAUGUGUCUGUCAAGUGGAGAAAAGAAGGAGAGCUUAAGAAGUUCUCUUGGAAAAUCCAUGCGUCCAAUGACAAAGCCGGUGUACAACCUGCUCUCUCUGCAGGAGCUGAAGAGGCGCCUCAAAGACUGUCACCUCUCAGCACAGGGGACCCGAGAGCAGCUCAUCAAGAGACACCGGGACUUCAUCCACAUCCACAACGCUCAGUGUGACUCGCUUGACCCAAAAUCAGUGCAAGAAAUUGCCAAAGAAGUGGAGGCCAAUGAGAGGAUGAGGACCAAACUGAAGGAGAAGACGACGCCUGUCAUGGUUUUCUCUAAGGACCUCUCAGAGAAAGAUAUUGAUGGCAUGCAUUCAAAUUACAGGAAGCAGCACAGCGGAGACUUCACACGUCUGAUCGCACAGGUCCGGGGACGCCUCCAGACCAGUAGCUUGGCAGGGGUCACAGCUGGAGGAGAGGAUAUGCUCACGCCCGUCCCAGACUCAAAAGAUACCAUUGUGAUCAACUCGGGGGAGAGUGCUUCCGAAGAAGAAAAUAGUUCGCAGAUUCUCCUGUCAACAAGCCCAACAGACAGCGAUGUGUCUGUCAGCAGUUCCAUCUCAGACAUCUUUGGACCUGAACAGUUGCGAAAACCUGCGGCUCGAGAGACGACGCCAACCGUUGUGGCUAAACGGCGGCGUAAAGCACAUCUUAAAGCUGAAAAGAAGCUGGUGACAUAA